GGGCACUGGGAAUCUUCUUCUACUCUGGAACACUGGGCAGGAGCUUUGCCAUUGGCUGGCCAAGAAGGAGGAGGCAGAAUGUCUGCAUUGUUACACCGUAGAGUUCAAACUUCAAAAGAUUUUGGAUUAAACAGUAUCAUUUACUCUGCAAAUGAUUAUGUCUUUGCCUGUCCUCUAUGAUCAUCACAAAUGAAACACCUUUCAGGUCUUACGAAUUCAGGUUACACUUUUUUCCAGACGCUCUGGCAGCUGAUUCAGGGCCUUUGAAAAAUGGAACCCAACUCUCUGAGGACUAAAGUCCCAGCUUUCUUGUCUGAUUUGGGGAAGGCCACAUUGAGGGGAAUCAGAAAGUGUCCCCGAUGCGGCACAUACAAUGGAACCCGGGGACUGAGCUGCAAGAACAAGACAUGUGGAACCAUAUUCCGCUACGGGGCACGGAAGCAGCCCAGUGUUGAAGCUGUCAAAAUCAUCACAGGCUCUGAUCUGCAGGUUUACUCAGUGCGGCAAAGAGACCGGGGCCCCGAUCACCGAUGCUUUGUGGAGCUAGGCGUGUCAGAGACGACAAUCCAGACGGUGGACGGGACAAUCAUCACUCAGCUGAGCUCCGGACGGUGUCAUGUCCCCUCAUGCCUGAAAGCUGCCACCCAGGGCGUAGUGGAAAAUCAGUGCCAGCACAUCAAGCUGGCGGUGAACUGCCAGGCAGAAGCCACCCCUCUGACUCUGAAAAGCUCGGUCCUGAAUGCAAUGCAGGCCUCCCCAGAAACCAAGCAAACCAUCUGGCAACUGGCCACGGAACCCACAGGUCCCCUCGUACAGAGGAUUACUAAAAACAUCCUGGUGGUGAAAUGCAAGGCGAGCCAGAAGCACAGUUUGGGGUAUUUGCAUACAUCCUUUGUGCAGAAAAUCAGUGCCAAAAGCUUGCCCGAGCGCCGGUUCUUCUGCUCCUGCCAGGCUCUGAAAUCUCACAAGUCGAACGCCUCCAAGGAUGAGGUGGCCCAGAGAUGUAUUCAUUUCUUUGCUUGCAUCUGUGCCUUUGCCAGUGAUGAGACAUUGGCCCAGGAAUUCUCAGACUUCCUAAAUUUUGAUUCCAGCGGUCUUAAAGAGGUUAUUGUGCCCCAGUUAGGUUGCCAUUCAGAAUCAACAGUAACAGCUUGUGAGUCUACUGCCUCUAAGCCAAAGAAGAGGAAGAAGGAGGAAGUACCUGGUGCACAGACGAACAGUUCACUACUGUCUCAGGAUGCAGUGAGCAGUCAUCUAAGGAAAGGUGGCCUGAAAAAACCUGUGGUUGCUUCUUCAUUAAAAAGGCAGGCCUCCGGUCAGCUGUUGGAUGAGGCACAAGUGACCUUAUCCUUCCAAGACUGGCUGGCCAGCGUCACAGAACGCAUCCAUCAAACCAUGCACUAUCAGUUUGAUGGCAAACCAGAGCCACUGGUGUUCCACAUUCCUCAGUCCUUUUUCGAUGCCCUGCAACAAAGAAUAUCUAUAGGAAGUGCAAAGAAACGGCUUCCCAACUCCACAACAGCUUUUGUUCGGAAAGAUGCCUUGCCACUGGGAACCUUUUCCAAGUAUACCUGGCAUAUCACUAAUAUCCUGCAAGUUAAACAAAUCUUAGAUACCCCAGAGAUGCCCUUGGAAAUCACUCGGAGUUUUAUCCAGAACCGGGAUGGGACUUAUGAGCUGUUUAAAUGCCCUAAAGUGGAAGUAGAGAGCAUAGCAGAAACCUAUGGUCGUAUAGAAAAGCAACCUGUGUUGCGACCCUUGGAACUAAAAACCUUUCUCAAAGUUGGCAACACUUCCCCAGAUCAAAAGGAGCCAACACCUUUCAUCAUUGAGUGGAUCCCAGAUAUCCUUCCCCAAUCCAAGAUUGGCGAGCUGCGGAUCAAGUUUGAGUAUGGUCACCACCGAAAUGGGCAUGUUGCAGAGUACCAAGACCAGCGGCCGCCACUGGACCAGCCCUUGGAACUGGCCCCUCUGACCACCAUCACUUUCCCUUGAGGCAAAAUGAAACAGUCUUUUGCUGCUAAAUUUGCACAUCCCCACCCCUUGACAAUUUUAAAUACCUAGUUAGGCAUUUAGAUGGCCCUGUUCCUUAGUGAACUGCUCUUAGUUAAGAUACAAGUUCUCAGUACAUUCGAGUGGAUUCUUUUGAAGAAAAACUCUUCUUGUAAAUGGCCUUUUUGGUGCUGCUGUGUAUAGUCUUCAUUAUAAAUUAGGUGAUAUUUCUAGCUAGAAUUUUUAAAGAACAAAAAGGAAACCAGCUCACUUUCCUUCUUCAAGGACUCCCAUUUAGAGUUUGUUUCAACCUUUUUCUAAUUCUCUAAGAAGUAAGCAGCACUCCGCCUUACACCAACAGUGUUGGAAAGUUACUGAUACCCUGGUUAGGGCAGAAUGUUAAGGACCAUCCUGACAGAGUUCCAGUCAUGCCCUUUUAUCCUGUUCUCAAAUAAAGCACAGUGUCACUAGUUUUUCCAAAGUAUAUAUCAUAUUGGCCUGAUGAUAAAAUUAUAAACCUUUGGGGAGAUUUAAGUAAUAGUGAAAUAGGAAAAAGAGGUC